GAAAAACAUACAAUAAUAGCAAACACGUGAUAACAUAAUAAUGUUAUACAUAUUAUAAUGAAAACAAUUACUUAUUGAUUGUAUUUAUAUUUAUUAUAAUUAGUUUGUAAAUUGCAAUCCUUGUAAUCACCGAAAAGAGCGUCAAAUUGUUGGUCAACGGCUAUGUUAUCCUUUAAAUUAUUUGGACGUUUGUGUCACACAUCGGGAACAUCGCGAACCAUUCCAUUGAUGAUGCAAUGCAGUGCCCGAAUGGCCAGCACUGACUCACCGAUGGCUACAUUGCGACGACGGACGGGCUAUGCGUUCAGUUUGUGUCGACAAGCACUGGAACUUCACGGCCAAGACCUGACCCGAGCUGAACAAUGGCUGAAAGCCGAAGCGGCCAAACAAGGUUGGGAACGGGCACAGCGUGUGGCACAGAGAGCUACCGGUGAUGGACUGGUCGGUGUGCUGACCCAAACGUCUACUACUACUGGUCAGACGCCAUUGGCCGCUAUGAUUGAGGUAAAUUGUGAGACUGACUUUGUGGCCCGCAAUGAAUUGUUUAGCCAAUUAACAACUCGUUUGUGUCACCAAUUGGCUAACCGUUACGCUACUACUGGUGCUACACAACACACUGAUACCGAUACAUUGGUUAGUCGAGUCAGAUUGAGUUUAGAUCAGUUGUUACAAUUGUCACCCGAACUAGUAGUCGAAGCCAUCGGCAAAUUAGGCGAAAAUAUACGGUUAACCAAAGCUUGUCUAAUAAGCGCCGGUAGUUUAAAUGAACCCGACGUACAUCUAAUUGGUUAUACUCAUGCAGUCGGAGGUAAAGCCCAAUCAGGUAACGAAGCGGCCAUUGAAACCAUAUUGAAUGAUAAAUCGGGAGCUAUCGUACAAUUGGGAAAGUAUGGAGCGAUUGUUGUUUUAAAAUGCCAUAAAUUAGUCAAUGAAUCGGGCGAUGAUGUAACCAAAAGUGAUGCCGAAAUACAAGAGAUCGGUAAACAACUCGCACAACAUAUUAUUGGCUUAAAGCCCAAAACUAUUGAAGCCGUGGCGCGGGUUAAAAGUGAGACAACAACUGAUAAUACAGAGUUAGGACCGGAGGCUUACGAUAUGGACGGCAGUCGCGAAUCAGAGGCACUUCUUGAGCAACAGUUUAUCUUUGAUGAAGACCUAACUGUUGGCCAAUAUCUGAAGGACCAUAACAUUAAAGUUUUAGAUUUUGUGCGCUACGAGUGCGGUAUUGAGGACUGACACAACUUUUACCAUUAAUUUCGACACAACUAUUGACUAUUAAUAUAUUAAUUUU